UGCCUCUCAUUCCGCAGUCUGGCAUGAGGAACGAUGAUUGAACUCCUUCCCUUAAUUUCUCCUGUUUUGUGAUAUUGACAAUGGCAGAGUGGUGUAUUAUCGAUAUUUCAAUGUCAAGCUCAAUGUCCAGUCAGUGUUGUAGUGACCGGUGAGCAGGUUAGAGCGGUGCAGUCCUUCUCACUCUCAUUGACAGCAUCAUGUGUGAAACCACGACAGACACAGGGAAUCCCUCGCUCAACAAGCUGAUAGAGGAGUGGCUGAGAUGGGACAAAAAUGAGAAGACGCAAGAGGAGCUGAAGGGACUGGUGGCACGGCGGGAGUUGGCCGAGGUGGAGAGGCUGCUGAGUAACCGUCUGCUGUUUGGCACAGCGGGGCUGAGGGGCCGCAUGGGGACUGGCUAUGCUCAGAUGAACGAUCUCGUCAUCAUUCAGACCUCACAGGGGCUGGCUAAGUACCUGACAACAGUGCACCCUGAGGCCAAGAGUGAGGGGGUUGUGAUUGGCCAUGACAGCCGCCAUAACAGCCACAGGUUUGCACGACUGGCUGCUGCUGCUUUCCUCAAUGCUGGGGUGCCAGUGUACCUUUAUAGCAAGAUAGUGCCCACACCUUUUGUUCCCUUUGGUGUGGUGCAGCUUGGGGCAGCAGCAGGUGUCAUGGUCACAGCCUCCCAUAACCCCAAGGAGGACAAUGGCUACAAGGUGUACUGGGGAAAUGGAGCCCAGAUUAUCCCACCACAUGACACUGGGAUCCAGCAUAGCAUCGAGGAGAACCUGGAGCCGUGGCAGGACGCUUGGGAUACAGAAAAGGCCAUGGCAGACUCCCGCCUCAGUGACCCUCUUGUUGAGAUGUCUGGGAAGUAUUUCACCAAGCUGUCAGCCUCCAUGCUGGACAGGGACAUGAACCAAGCAUCACCAGUCAGCUUCACAGUGACAGCCAUGCACGGUGUCUCUCAUGAGUACAUGGAGGAGGCUUUUAGGGUCUGUGGGUUUAAGCCAAUGGUACCAGUAAAGGAGCAAAUGGUGCCUGAUCCAGAUUUCCCUACUGUUAAAUUCCCCAACCCUGAGGAGGGAAAGAGUGCCCUUGACCUCUCCUUCAAGACUGCCAAUGAGAACAACUCCACAGUGAUCUUGGCCAAUGAUCCUGAUGCAGACAGACUGGCGGUGGCAGAGAAGCAGCCCAAUGGGCAGUGGAAGGUGUUCACAGGCAAUGAGGAGGGGGCAUUACUGGGCUGGUGGAACUGGCAGCGCUGUCGACGUCUGUCCCCACACAUUCCUGCCUCAGACUGCUACAUGGUGGCCUCCACUGUCUCCUCCAAGAUCUUGAGAGCCAUUGCCAAAAAGGAAGGAUUUAACUUUGAAGAGACACUGACAGGUUUCAAGUGGAUGGGUAAUGUGUCCCAUGGCCUGAUGAAGCAAGGGAAGACAAUACUGUUUGCUUUUGAGGAAGCCAUCGGAUUCAUGAACGGCUCCGAGUACAGCCCGUCUCCCUCUCCCUCUUCCCCUUCCCCUCCCUUUCCCCAGGUGCUGGACAAGGAUGGGAUAUCAGCAGCUAUGUAUGUGGCUGAGCUGGCAACACACCUUGCCAAGGAAAACAAAACACUCACUGACCAACUGCAGGAAAUUUACAAGAUGUAUGGUUAUCACAUCUGCAACAACUCCUACUACAUCUGCCAUGACCAGGACACCAUCAGGAGUAUGUUCAAGAGGAUGAGGAACUUCUCUGGGAAGGACACAUACCCUGAGAGUGUUGGGAAUGGUCGCUUCAAAGUGGCUGCAGUGAGAGAUCUGACCACUGGGUAUGACUCCUCCCAGCCUGACAAGUGUGCAGUUUUGCCUGUCUCCAGCUCUAGUGAAAUGAUUACCUUCACCUUUGGCAAUGGUUGUGUCUUGACAUUAAGGACCAGUGGCACAGAGCCCAAGAUUAAGUAUUACUCUGAGAUGUGUGCCACCCCUGACCAAGGGGACUGGAAGGCUCUGGAGGUGGAACUUGCAGACCUAGUGAAUUGUGUAGUGGAGGAAAUGAUGCAGCCAAGGAAGAAUAAUCUCAUUCCCAAGGCAGACUAAGAAACCUUUCUCAAACAAUGACAACAUGUCAGCUUGCAUCAAUUCUGAUUAACUAAAAUAAGUCUUCUCUUUUUAACCACUAAAAGAAACUUUUUUCAUAGAAUGAUAUUUAGUAGUUCAUGUUCUUUCCCUUAUGAAUGGUGGAGAGGUUUAUUCUUGUAAAUCUAAAUGGAUGAUGAGCUUAGUGUCUUAGAGUGUGGUGAAGUCAUGUCUUCUCAGUAUUAUAGAAUCUGUGUUCAUUUUUUGAGCACCAUAAGUCUUGCUGGUCUUUUUAAGUCUGCAUAGCCAUGUACUGUGAAUUGUUUUGUGAUAUUGUCUCUCAGGAACUGUUGAUACACUACCUAACUCUGUAAAGAAAAGUUCAACAUACCUAGAGCUUAUUGGCUUAAGUUAAUGAUUUUUUUUUUUUUAUGACACUUAAAGAAGAAUGUAGUACAGUACUAUGUUUUAUAUCAAGCUAGUGUAUUUUACUGACUAUUCAUGCAAACACAUUUUUUGUAUUAAUGAAAUACAACUAAUAACAUUAUUAAGUACAGAAUAAUGCUUCAUGAAUAAUAUGCCUGUAAAAACACAUUUUCAGUAUCAACAGGCAAUGAACUCUUGCAGCAUAAAUUACUUAACCAAAAUAAGUGAUGCUUCAAUUUUACCAUCAUUAACACUGUCUGUAAGAAAGUUUUAUGUACAGUGAUACUGAUCAACUCAUUAUUACAGUUAUCUAAGUGAAGGAAUCAAAGGCCUGUAUGCAUUUGUGAAUUGUUUCAGGAGUUCCAACUUUUUAUGUGUGUGUCUGUGUGGGUGUGCAUGUAUGAAGGAAGAGAAGCUGGCAAGAUCUUCAGAAUGAUUUUUUUCAUAUAAAUAAACAGCAUUCUCUUCUAUUUUACUGGUGACAGCCACUGCACAAAAUUCAGAAAAUUGUAAUGGAUAACACAGUACAUAUAUGGAAAACAGACUACUCUGAGUGCAGACUGAAACAGUCUAUGUACAGUAGAACGUCAGUUUAACAUGAUUCAAUUAUAAAUACCGAUUUAAAACAGCACUUAAAUGGAAUGCUAAAAUGAUUUGAACAAAAUAAAUUGGUGCUUAUUGCUUUCCAUGUCUCAAAAAUCUUUCCAUUAAAAUGCUUCAGUUUAGUGAUAAAUGAAUUUAGAGUGAACUGUCAGGCACCCAACUUGUGUUAAAUCAACUUUCUACUGUAGUAUAUGUAUUUCAAUGAUAUCAAUACACUUUCAUUGCCACCAUUCACUUCUAUUUUGUUUUUGAAGUAUGUAGUAUGUUUUUAAUGUACUCUGUAAAAUGUGCAUAUCUUUUAGUUAUUGUGUUAGGCUUACAGUCUUGUUUUCAGCUUGAUACUAAUUAGUAUCACAUCUCAUUAUUAUUUCCUUGAAAUUUCUUGUAUUUGAAUAGACAUACCAGCUCACCAAAGGCAGUGCCAUUCACUUACAAUAUAAUGUUGAGUCAUUUGAAACUAUUCUUGUACAUCAUAGUAAUUUAUUUGAAGUCACUAGGAAGGAGUAGUGGAUUGGGUGUUAAGUACAGUACAGGACACUCAAGGUACCUGGAUAACCAAUGGAGCCAGGAUGAUAGCCAUGGCUUAAGUGGAGUUCAGUUGAUCUUGACUGUCUGCCUGUUACAUUUAGAGUCACAAGAUGGAGUUCCAUUUAAUCUAAAAAGGAGAAGGGUGGAUAUGGUAGAGAACAGCUCUGCAUUGUAUAAAUCAUAACAAAUGAUAGUAACUUAUAUUUAAGGAUGUCAUUUAAACUGGAAGCAAGUGGCAGGUAUGUACAAUAGAGAUACAAAAAUAUCACAUGAUAGAGAUAAGCUUUAGUGAUGAAAGACAGUAGAUUGUAAUCAAAGAAGGCAUGGAAGAACCUGCAUGAAAACAAGUAAUUUUCAGUUUAAAUGAAGAAUAGUUGUAAAAUAGGAAGACAUUCUCUCAUAGUUUUCUAGCUUUAAUCACAUUGAUGUUCAAAGUGUGUGUACAGGCAAAGACAAGCUUGUUUUGGCCUGCUAAUAAUCAUUAAUCAUAUAAAAUCCUGCAUUGGUAAAUUUACAUGAAAAAAGGAAAAAAAAAAGUAACAAUUACAUAUUACUGGCUAAAUAUAGUGAAAGUAUAAUAUAUUCUGAUAUAAAGUAGAAGCCUGAACCUCAUUAUUUUCAUAUCAAAACAGUAAUGUUAUGUAGAAAAUGAAAUAUAAAGACAACUUGAGAUGUACAGUGGCGAGAGUACUGGAUUAUUUAUUAGGAAGUAGAGGAAAAAUGUGUUGCUUGUUUCCUUGGUAUUUGCUGUCAUUAGAUAUCAAUGAAAUGUUCUAGAUUGCUUUCAUCACAUAGGUAAGUUGUUAUUUUCAUCAUGCAGGCUUUCCAAGUUACAGAAUUGUACCAUCCAAGAUGUGUGCUGUGUAUGACUGCACAUCAUAAAGAACAACAUUGAAGUUUUGGCAAUUCCCAAAAGAAAAGAAAUAGUACUGUGAAAUAUGGACACAAUUUAAAGGAGCCUAAAAUCUGACAGCAGCAGUAGGAAAAGUGCAAUGAAAUGUGACAACCACCAUAAUGAGGAAGAGAGUAUAGGGAACAACAUGCAGAGGGUACUGCCGUAAUGAUAGACAGGACUAGUAAGAUGGUGAGUACUGAAAAGUUGCAGUAUAAUUAGUGGUGGUGAUGGUAUGUAGUUACAGUAGUGAUAAUGGUGAUUAGUGGUGUAGGUUCAGCUGUAGUGGUAGUGAUGGUAAAAGGUAGAUUGGAGGUUGCUGGAAGUUAUAGGAGAAAAGAGAAUGGAGGAGGUGAUGGAGUAUCUGUCUUAGGUAAAUAUGUGAUGGAUGGAGAGGUAGGAGAGAGGGCUGUGAAAGGUAUGUGUGGCGUAGUGGAUAAGGUGGUGAACGUCGGGUCAGGCAGACGUCCACACGUAGGUUCGAAUCCCACCAUGUGUACUGCCUUUAUACUUUGCCAUUUGUCGAGUGGUUUAAAGUUAUGUACAUGUCGCCAUGAUACCCAGGUUCUAGGUGAUUACACCCAAGAUGCACUUGUAUAGUGAUAUGGGUCCUGAUAUGGGUACCACUAUAAACAAAAUUGCCUGCACCACUAAUGGGUGAAUGUUGAACAGCGCUUCCUACAUACUCUUCAAGUGUGUGCUAUGGGCCAUAAUAUAUAAAAAAAAAGGUUCCUUUGCAAGUCAUGAAAGUGAGAUAAAUGUUUAUGAAUGUAAAGAAAUGCCCAAGAAAUAGUAUUCUGCCAACAUUGAUAUAUGAAUUAGAGACCUGCAGGAAUAUAAAAUAUGAUACAACACUGCAGGGCAUGCAGGAUGAUAAGAUGGAUAGGCGAGAGCAAUGAGAGAGCAUGAGAGGUGAGAAAAAGUUGUAAACUAUAAAAAUGAAAUAUGAAGACACAAAAUUGGUAAAGCUAUUGUGAUGAUAUGAAGAGCAAAGAAUUUAUAAGGAAAGUGCAUAUGAACCAAGUUGAAGAUGGUGACAAGAGAGUAAGACCACUUGGAAGAUGGAAGGAUAUGAUAGAGGAGUGCAUGUGGGAAAGAGGUGUUACUAGAUGCCAAGUGACUCAGCACACAAAAUGUUGGAAUAGGUAAAGAUGAAGCUUCUUCUGAAGGAAGCAUAGCAUCAGAGAAAUAGAUAAGAUGUGUCAGAUGAAGGUAUGUACAGCAAUGAUAAUGAUAAAUGGAGGUCAUGGGUGAUGGUGGUGAUAUGAAAAAUUCAGUGCUAGAGAUACAGGAGGUGAAUGCCCUGGGAUUUACAUGUAUGGUGGCAUCACUGGUUGCACUUAAAGUCACAGAUCAAGUGGUCCUCCUUUAAGUACGCUACAUAGUUUGAUUCACUGGACUUCAUUCAUAACUAUUUUGAUGUCAUAUAUUUGGUAUUGUUGCUGCAUCUAAUGGAAAUUAUUCGGAUAUCCAAAGAUGUGUUCCUGAUUGUUCUGGUAGUUUCCUCAUAAUUUUGAUAGUUUAAUAAUACUUCCAUGCCAUCAGGGAGGAAAGAAAAUUAUUCAUAAGAACCUAGGCAAGUACAUUCAUAGCCCUUGAAAAUGGCUCCAGUGAGAUCAAAGAUUUUUGUCAAAGAUUAUUUUUAUUUGAAUAAUUAUGCAUUCCAGCCAGCCUUCCCAUUAAGUAAUCUUGAAUUAAUAAAAAGGCAACUGAAAUAGUAGCAAAGCAGGUGGGUUAUGAAUUGUACUCAAAUGUUAUAAAGAUCUUUUCCUAACACUCAUAGAAACAUCAAGAGAGCAAGUGAGAAGGGGUGUGGCCUGGAAACAUUAUUAUUAUUAUUAUUAUUAUUAUUAUUAUUAUUAUUAUUAUUAUUAUUAUUAUUAUUAUUAUUAUUACUAUUACUAUUGUUAUUAUUAUUAUUAUUAUUAUUAUUAUUAUUAUUAUUAUUAUUAUCAUUAUUAUUACUAUUAUUAUUAUUAUUAUUAUUAUUACUAUUAUCACCAUCAUUAUCAUUAUUAUUAUUAUCAUCAUCAUCAUUAGCUAUUGGUGAUUGGUGAUGAUGGUAGUUCCUGGAUCUGUAUAACGUAGACUCGUAGAGGGAGCCUUUGCCCCGAUGUGAGGCAGAGUUACCACCCCAGCAGGAAAGAGCUCUGAAGGGACGUGCUUCUCCUCUCACGUUGCUUUAUACAUGUCUUGUUACAUUAAAAAAGAACACAUAUUUAAUCUAA